CCUCCGCCUCAGGGCACGCCGCCCAAGGCCAAGGACGGCCCCGGAGGGAGCGCGGGAGGCAGCGGCGGCAGCGGGAACAGCCGCCUGGAGAAGGCCAAGCAACGGGCGGCCCAGCAGGAGCUGAAGCAGCGCCAGAGAGCCGAGAUCUAUGCCCUCAAUCGUGUCAUGACAGAACUGGAGCAGCAGCAGUUCGAUGCCUUCUGCAAGCAGAUGCAGGCUUCCGGCGAGUGAGCGCUCCUGCGGGCCGCCCUGGACGGGAAGUUGUUUUCUCCAGAGGGACUUUUCGGGACGGUGACUGGAGCUUUCCCCACGGUUGGACCAGAGAGCUGUAAGUGGGGAGGGGGCAGGCAGCCUUUGCCUUUUGACCCCCCCAGGACCGGCAGACUCUGCUCUUUGCCUCUGAGCCACAACCGGAGGCUCCCCCUGCAUCCAGGCACCCACCUCUGGCAAAUCCUAUCCCCUGGUCUUUUCGCCAGUCCUUUGCUCCAAUGGGAGAGUCUCUCGCCUUGUUUUCACACGUUGUCCUAUUUAUGGAUAUGUUGGUUUGACAAGUGAAGGGAUUUUGAGGAAAUGUUAAUAAAAGUGUGCUGUGUGCUAUGUUGAGAA